CAUGAAGUAUCGAUGUUAGAGCAGCGACGAACGAAAACAACAACAGGAGGCUGGCACAUUUAUUUACAAACUAAUUUGUUUAACGUGUUUCGUUAGCGCUUUAUGUGAAUUGAUGCCGCAAACAACAGUGCACAGUAGCAGCAGCAGAAGCGGCGGCAGCGGGCGAUGCGUGAUUGACUAAAUAAAUGUGGCGCAUGUUCGCACAAACGACAACAACAACAAUAACAAUAGCAAGAGGAACAACAACAUUGUGAGCGGUAGCGAAACAACAACAACAACAACAGCUGUAAUCAACAAAUAGAUUCAAUUUUAAUUGAAAUUUAUCAGCACUGUCCGGCUGCUGUGCGCUGUUCUGUGCUGUGCUCUCGUUUUGAAUGGUGCUACUGUUGGCGACAUAUUUCAGCCACUGAGUGUGACCAUCACCUUCCCCCGCCCCCCUGCUGCUCCCUCCUCCUGCUGCGCUGACCACCGAUUAAAUCCCCAAAGUGAAUCUUUUAAUUAACCGGAGAGCGAAAGAACGAGACGGAGAAUGAUGCGACUGCCUUAGGCUGCUAUGUGAUGAACGAAAUGAAGAGAGCGAUGUGCCACAAUUGACAGACCACAAUUAUCAAUUGGCAGUAAUAAAUGUGCCUAAUACAAUUGAAUCGAGCCAAAAGAAACAAAACAACACCAUCAUCAUCAUCAACAGCAACAGGAACAUCAACGAUCAACGAUCAAUCGAUCGUCGUUCGGCAGCUGGUGAAGAAGGAAAAACCAAAACUAUGGAGAUCAAUGUGGAGUUCAACAAUGAGAAGAAAGUGCUCUGCGAGAAGAUCAUACGUGACAUUAACGCCGUUUUUCUCAAGGAUGCCGAUCUCUCCUCGUUCGAAAUAAUACCCAAAGAGACGAAUUGCAACAAGUCACCGGUGGUGCAUGUGGAGCAUAAUCUGGGCCUGGAAUCGUGGUGUGCCCGUCAUGUGUACGAUCAUGCCCAUCGUACGCUCAUCACGCAUCGUCGCCAGACGACGCAACAACAGCUGCGCACGCUCCAGCAGCAACAGCAGAGCGAUGCCCUGGCCAAGUACCUGAAUGUGGCGCUUCUCAUCAAUCCGGAUGUGACGACGUUCUGGCACAUUCGUCGCCAGCUGGUCCAGAAGAAUCGUCUGACCAUCAACAAGGAGCUGCAGUUCUCCGCUCUGGUGCUCUCCAUGAAGCCCAAGUCCAACGAGGCAUUCGCCUAUCGUCGUUGGCUCUACUCCUUUCAAAGUGCAGAUGCCAUCGACUGGCCGCAUGAGAUCAGCAUUUGUGAGCGUGCCGCAGAUCGCUGUGCCAGCAACUAUCACGCCUGGUCGCAUCGCCAGUGGGUGCUGCAGAAUGCGCCGUGUCUGCUGCAAUCGGAGCUGAUGCGCACCGAGAAGUUCAUGCGCAAGCACAUCAGCGACUACAGCAGCUAUCACUAUCGCCAGGCGCUGCUCUUGCGUGCCUACGAGCUGGGCUACCAUGCGGCCGAGGAGCAACCGAGUUGUUUGCUGCAGCUGCUCGCCGAGUACGAACUAACUGCUGCGGAUGCUGACGAGAGUGCCGAGGAGGCAGUGUUGCAACUGCUGUUGCCGGAUUUCAAGCGGAGCAGCGUGAGUGUGCAACGCUUGCGAUCGUUUCUUUACUGCUGCAAUGUGGCCGCCAGCGAUGUGCGUCUGUGUGUGGAGCAGCGAACGCUUUAUGGGCAUCGCGAUUGCUUCGAGCUGCAUCGACGCGCCGCCCUCAAGUUCAUUGUGGAGCAGUCGGUGCGUCUGCUGACCGGCGUCGCUCGCAGUGGCAUGACAUCGUCGUCGUCAUCGUUGUAUCUACCUCCUUUGCCGCCACAAUCCGAUUACGAGGCGCAUCCAUUUCUGAUCGCUGUGCGACGUGUGGAGAGUCGGCUGGGGGAGAAGCAUAAGCGCUGGUGUCAGAUUCAUUUGAAUUUUGGACAGCAAGCGGAGGCGGAGGAGCAGGAGCAGGAGGAGGACACCAGCUAGAUGUUAGCGACGUCUAAACAAAAUAUUUGUUUGCAAAUGUUCAACAUGUGCCGUAAAGCCAAACAGCGACAUCAUAUAUGGAACUAUCUUGUUAUCUCCUCUCUUAAUAAGAUUCAGCUCAAAGCACAACUCAUUUUAGUCCAAUUCUGAAUUCCAAAAAGCAACAAAACAAAAUAAUUGCAAAUUGCAAACUCGAUACAUAUUAAUGACAAAUUGCAUUUGAAUCGAGAUCAAAUAGACAAUUCAGUUUAAAUACUAUAUAUACAUAUAUCUCGACGUACGUUUAAAUAUUUGAAUAUUGCUCUUGUUAGUUGUAUUUUUUAAUUGUUUAGUAGAUCUUUGAUGCUCUAUUUCAAUUCAAUAAUCAUGUGUAGUGCAUGUCUGUUAGCCAAUUUUGCAAAUAGUUUUUAAUAAAUUC